GUGUAUAAUCUGUGUCAAACAUGACUGAGGAAGUUGGAUAAAAGGAUCGUAGUCCACUUUGUAAAUUAUUAUAUUAGUUUUUUGUUAACAUGUAGUUUUAUAACGUUGACAUUAAUAAAUCAGAAUCUCGGUACAAACGCAGUGUUUGCGGAACGGCGCCAUGUUUUGUUUGCGUCAACGGUUGAGACGUUGAUCGUUUGUUUUUAAAUGUUCUGUUUGGACUAGAUCACUGCUCAUUUUAAUCUUCAUAUUUUUGUUUAAUUUUGCUCAAGAUGUCUGAAAUAGUCGAUGACACCACUCCGUUGCUUAGAGAUGAUCACAGCAGUGACUCUCAGGAUGCCGUGUACGACAGUCGAUGGAGGUCUAUUCGAGUCAUGUACUUCACCAUGUUUCUCAGCAGUGUCGGUUUCACCAUUGUCAUAACAUCGCUGUGGCCCUAUUUACAAAAUACUGACCCGAGCGCUGAUGCUAGUUUCCUGGGCUGGGUGGUAGCUGCCUAUAGCCUCGGUCAGAUGGUAGCCUCGCCUAUGUUUGGUCUGUGGUCGAACCAUCGUCCUCGCCGGGAGCCGCUCAUCUGCUCCAUCACCAUCAACCUUUUAGCUAACAUCUAUUACGCUUACGUUCGUCUCCCAAAGACAGGGAAUAAGUACCACAUGCUGAUAGCGAGAACUUUUGUCGGUUUUGGAGCAGGUAAUGUUGCCGUGGCGAGGUCAUAUGUCGCCGGAGCUACAUCUCUGGAUGAAAGAACUGGUGCCAUGGCCAAUAUGAGCGCUUGUCAGGCUUUGGGUUUCAUCCUGGGUCCAGCUCUUCAGGCCUGUCUGUCCUUCAUUGGCGAGCGUGGCAUUACACUCAAGUUCAUCGACCUUCAGCUUAAUAUGUACACGGCCCCUGCUAUUCUGGCUGCAGCUUUGGGUGUCAUCAAUAUUUUACUGGUUUUGUUUAUACUGAAAGAGCAUCAUGUUGACGAUGAUGGGAGAUGUGUUCAGCCAAGCAUCAACUACAUAGAUGAUAAUGUUGAAGACAGUGUUGAAGCUGCACAAAAUGUGGACCAGGUGGCGGUGUUGACGUCAAAUGUUCUCUUUUUUAUUGUUAUGUUUAUCUUUGCUAUAUUUGAAACUAUUGCGACGCCUUUAUCUAUGGACAUGUUUGCAUGGACGAGAAAAGAAGCUGUGUUAUACAACGGGAUCAUAAUUUGCUGUAUUGGAUUUGAAUCCAUCCUGGUGUUUCUUGUUGUGAAACUGGCCUCUCAGAGGUUUGGUGAUCGCCCUGUGUAUUUAACAGGCCUGGCUUUUAUUUUCUGUGGGUUUUUUAUUCUGCUUCCUUGGGGAAAUCAUUACCCUAAAAUACAGUGGGCAGAUCUUAAAAACAGUACACAGGUACUGGCCCUAUCGUCUUUGUCUAACAGCACAGUGGAGCCCACUGGAUGCCCGUAUGUGCAGACCUGGUGCCAGUACACCCCGGCCAUAAACAUUGCUCAGUACAUCUCCGCUGAUUUCCUUAUUGGUGUGGGUUACCCAACAUGCAAUGUGAUGUCGUACACACUGUACUCCAAACUACUGGGACCCAAACCACAGGGCGUGUACAUGGGAUGGCUCACAGCGGCCGGCAGUGGAGCACGGACACUUGGUCCUGUCUUUGUGUCAAACAUCUACACUCACCUUGGACCUCGAUGGGCUUUCAGUCUGAUCUGUGGCUUGGUUCUUGGAGCCAUCGUUCUCCUGGUCGCAGUUUACAAAAGACUUAUUGCUUUCUCUGUUCGUCUUGGAAGGACUGGCUGAAUAAAUCAAAGAGAACUUUUCUAUUUAACAUUUUAACUGACAAAUACAGGGACAUUUUCCCAGGCUUAAGAGUCAAUGUUAUUACAGCCUGAUCUAAGGAUGAGGCUAAUCUCUCCUUAAUUUAAACAAUAACGGUGAAUGUUCUGCAGAGUAACAUGUUUGGACGAAGGUGCACCCAGUCCAGCUUUUUCAAUUCAGAGACUGAUACUGUAGCUUUAAGGAUCUGCCGAUCCCGAUAUCAACUGACACCAGAGCAGUGACGGAAAACAGCAUUUAUUUACUUAAGACCAAAAUAAAAUAAGACUAAACUGACUAAAAUGUGUUAUAGAGCUGUUAUUUAUCUCUCAAAGUACAACAGAACAACUUUUUAUGAAUCAAAAUUCAAACAUUUUAGAGCCGACUAUGAACAGAAAAUAGUGUUAUUACAUCGAUUUUAUAUGUUCAACCAGAAUAUCGACUGAACCGAUAUUUGGAAGCCGAUAUUCGAUCCAUAAAUGUGUUCAAUAUGAGCACCAAUAUUCAAUAUCAGUAUCAAAUAUCGGUGCAUCCCCAGUUUGGGCCUGGACUUUUCCCAGGUGAUACUUGUUGAUUUUUUUUUUGCAUUUCUUUGGGGGAAUCAAGAGCUUCCAUUUGUUUUUCAUCUAGUUUGUGAAAGUCCAGGUCCUGGUCACAUUCUGACUCACCCAGUAGUGCUUCACAAAGACUGAAAUAUCAAGAAUAAUGUAAUGACGAACACGAUUUUAACUUUCUAUUAAAGUGACAGGCCUUCAUAGUCUUUAAAAAUGUCAUUAAUUUUGUGUCUGUUUUUUCUCCUGAUUCAAAGCCCUGUGCAACGUGAAGUCCAUCUUUUUAGUUUGCAUUUGGUUAUAUUUCAUCUGAAGUUUAAUGCGUUUCUUCAAUCCAUUUUAUUUUAAUUACGUUUCUUUUUUCUCUGUUGUAUUCUCCAACAAACAAAAAAAAAAACAAUGCCUUUAUAGAUUAUUCCAGUCCUCAGUUUUUCCAUAAAGUCUUAGUCCCUGAACCGUGACAAUAGAAUGAACCUCUAUGUGGUUUAUUCUCAAGUUUAAUAAAGACGGUUGGUUUGUCCUUAUUCGGUGC